CCCGACAAGGACAUAUUCCAAGUGCGCCAAACAGCAUUUAAAAAAAAACCCCGGUAUAUAAAUAUUAUAACUCUAACUUAAAAGGAUAAGCAAAGAAUAAACUAAGCGAAACGAUAAGAUGGGAUUUGGGUAUUGGCAGUUGAAGGCAACUGUCAUUUACCUACUUGUAGUCAACAUUUUGGCUCGAAUUGAGCCUCGCACUUGUGACCGUGAAUAUUGUUAUGAGCGUUUCGAAGGUGAAAGUGAUCGAUACUCAAACGGUGAUGUAAACUGGUUGCGAGAAAACGCGUCUUACAGGAAAUUUACUAAUACAGACUUUGAUGCCAGACUAAGGACUUACCGCUCAAUCAAAUCAGAUAGUCAGCAGCAACACAUUGUAAGUACCACCAAACUUUGCAACGAGCAUGCGGAACAGCGCAGUUCAGACAAAAGCAAUGACGGUCAACAGGUUAAAAACAAUCAGUUAAAUGAGCGCGAUGAACGAAUCACUGCUGACAGGCGCUACAAUAACGAUGAGCGGCGAGUAAUUGCGAGGAGUGAUGAUGAGCGCGAAAGACGAGAACAUGGGCGACGAGAUGCUACCGAACGCGCAGACACUCGUGAGAAUCGACGCGAAUUAGUUCAGCGAUUUGAAGACCGCGUAAAACGAUUUGCUUCUAACAGGAUUUUUGAUGAUAGUGAGGAACGACGAGCACUUAAUAGAGAUACUGAUGAGAGGGCCGGACGUGGAGAUGAACGCCGGGAUAUUGUCGCACGCGCUCAAACCCGCGAGGACCAAAGGGAAGUAAUUAAGAGAUUUGGAGAACGCGAAGAACGAUCAGCUGCUACCGAUCAUCAUGAGAAAGGACGAGAACAUGGGCGAGACGAACGAAAAGACGAACGACGAGCACAUGCCAGAAGUGUUGAUGUGCGCGGCAUACGAGAAGACCAACCACAAGAUGUUACCACGCGGAUUUAUAAUCGCAAAGAACGAUCUGCUGGUACAAAACGUUUCGACGAUCGUGAGGAACGACGAAAAAUUACCAGAGGUAUUGAUGAGGAGAAAAGACAAGAAGACGAACGAAUAAACACUGUAGCACGCGCUGAAACCAGUGAGGACCAACGAGAACUAGGCCAGCAGUUGGACGACCGUGACGGACGAUCUGCCAGAGCAAAAAGUUUCGGUAACCGUGAGGAACGGCUAACUGCCAAUAGUAUUAAUAAGCGGGAAUCACGAAAAGGCGAGCGACGAGAUGCUACCACUCGCACGGAAGCUCGAGAGGACAAACGAGAAGCAGCUCGGCGUUUUUAUGACCUCGAAAGACAAGAAAACGAACGAAGAAAUACUAUAGCACGCGUGGAAACCCAUGAGUACCACCAAGAACUAGCCCGACAGAUUGCUAAUGGUAAAGAACGAUCUGCUGAUACAAAAGGUAUUGAUGACCGUGAGGAACGACGAGCACAUCCCAGGAGUGUUGAUGAGCGCGAAAGACGAGAAGGUGAACGGCGAGAUGUUUUUGAUGGCGCUGAGAUCCGUAAGAACGGACGAGAAUCAACCCAGCGGUUUGAUGAUCACGAAGAACGAUCUGCAGCUACCAAACAAAUUGAUGAGCGUGAGGAACGACAAACAAUCGGCAAAAGUGUUGAUGAUCGAGAAAGACAAGAAAAUGAACACAGAGAUGCUAUAGUACGCGCUGACAACGUUAUGUACCGACGAAAUCUAGUUCAGCGCGAAGAACGAUCAGUUAUUUCCAGGCGGUUGGAUGAGCGUGAUCAACGACGAACACUCGAGAGAAGUGUUGAUGAGAGGGAAAUUCGAGAAGAAGAACGAGAAGAUGUUACUACUCGCGCUAAUGCGCGUGACGUCCGUGACGACCGACGAGAACUAACCCGGCGAUUUGAUUAUCGCGACGAGCGAUCAGCUGCUACCAUACGUAUUGAUGAGCGUGAGGAACGGCGAACAAUCGGCAGAAGUGUUGAUGAGCGUGAAAGACGAGAAGAAGAACGAAGAGACGCUACUACUCGCGCUGAAGGUCAUGACGACCGCCGACAAUUAACCCAGCGGUUUGAUGAUCGCCAAGAACGAUCAGAUGCCACCAAACCAAUUGAUGAGCGUGAGGAACGGCGAGCAACCGGCAGAAGUGUUGAGCGAGAAAGACGAGAAGAUGAACACAGAGAUGCUAUCGCACGCGCUGAAAACCUUGAGGACCGACGAAAUCUAGGUCAACGCUUUUCUGAUCGCGAAGAACGAUCAGUUACUACCAGAAUGUUUGAUGACCAUAAGGAGCGACGAACAAUCGACAACAGAAUUGAUGAGCGGGAGACCCGAGACCGCGAGGAGCGAUCAGCUGCUACCAGGCAGAUUGAUGAGCGUAAGGAGCGGCGAGAAAUCGGCAAAAGUGUUGACGAACGAGAGAGACGAGAAUUAACCCAGCGAUUUUAUGACCGCGGGUAUAUAUCUGUUAGUCCAAGGAGUUUCGAUAAUCGUGUGGACCGGCUAACAAUUUCCAAUGACGUUAUUCAGCAAGAAUCACGAAGGAAUGAACGACGAGGCGUUAUAGCACGUGCUGAUACCCGUGAGAAGCGACGAGAACCAACUCGGCGAUUAGAUGAGUAUGAUAACCGAAGAUCUCAUGUAAGGAGUGUAGCUGAGCGCCGAAGACGAGAAGACGACGGACAAGAUGCUCCCACACGCGCUGAAUUCCGGGAGGACCAUCGAGAUGUUAUUGCAGAACAAUUUGCUCUUUCUAAACGAAUUGGUGACCGCGAGGAACGAAAAACAAUCGAUAGAAGUAUUGAUGAGCCAGAAAGACGAGACGAUGAACGAAAGUAUGCUAUUGUCGGCACUAACAACCUUAAGGACCGAAGAAAUCUAGGUCAGCACUUUGCUGGUCGCGAAGAAAGAUCAAUUACUUUCAGGCGGUUCGAUGAGCGUGAGCAGCGACGAACAAUCGACAAAAGAAUUGGUGAGCGGGAAAGACGAUAUGAAGUGAGAAGAGACGCUAUUACCCUCCUUGAAGCUCGCGAGGAGCGACGAGAAUUAACCCAGCGAUUUGAAGAUCGCGAGGAACGAUCACCUACUACCAGACGAAUUGAUGACCGUGAGGAACGGAGAGAAAUUGGCAAAAGGGCAGUCGAGCAAGAAAGACGAGAAGAUGAAAGACGAUAUGCUAUUGCAAGCGUUGACGCCCGACGAGAAUUAACUCAGCGGUUUAAUGACCGUGUGGAUCUGUCUUUUAGUCCAAGGAGUUUCGAUAAUCGUGAGGACCGGCUAACAAUUGCCAAUGACGUAAUUGGGCGAGAAUCACGAAGAGACGAACGACGAGGCGCAAUCGCACGUGUAGAUACCCACGAGAACCGACGAGAGCCAACUGGACGGUUAGAUGAGCAUGAGGACCGACGAUCAUAUGUCAGGAGUGUUGCUGAGUGCGAAAGACGAGAAGACGAAUGCGUUGAAUUCCGAAAGGACCGUCGAGAUGUUAUCGCAGAACAAUUUUCUCCUACCAAACGAAUUGGUGAGCGCGAAGAACGACAAACAAUCGACAGAAGUGUUGACGAGCCAGAAAGACGAGAACAGCAACGAAAAUAUGCUAUUUUAGGCACUAACAACCUUAAGGAGCGAAGAAAUCUAGGUCAACGCCUUACUGAUCGCGAAGAACGAACAGUUAAUUCCAGGCGGUCGGAUGAGCGUGAGCAACGACGAGUAUUCGACAAGAGUGUUUCUGAGCAGGAAAUGCGAAAAGAAGGACGAAGAGACGCUACUACUCGCGCUGAAGAUCGUGAGGGCCGACGAGAAUUAAUCCAGCCACUGGAUGAGCGCGAGGAACGAUCAGCUGCGGCCAGGCGGAGUGAUGAGCGUGAGGAACGGCGAGCAAUCGGCAGAGGUGUUCAUGAGCGAGAAAGACGGGAAGAUGAACGUCGAUAUGCUAUUACACGCGAUGACGCCCGACGAGAAUUAACCCGGCGGUUUGAUUACCGCGAGGAUCUAUCUCUUAGUCCAAGGAGUUUAGAUAAUCGUGAGGACCGGCAAACAAUUUCCAGUGACGUAAUUGAGCGAGAAUUACGAAGAGACGAACGACGAGGCGCUAUAGUACGUGCUGAUAAUCGCGAGAACCGACGAGAACAAACUCGGCGAUUAAAUGAGCGUGAGGACCGAGGACUACAUGUCAGGAGUGUUGCUGAGCGCGAAAGACAAGAUGCUACGAGACGCGCUGAAUACCGAGAGGACCAUCGAAAUGUUAUCGCAGAACAAUUUGCAGCUAGCGGGCGGUUUUAUGAGCGUGAGGAACGACGAUCAAUCGAUAAAAGUUUUGAUGAGAGGAAAAGACUCGAAGAUGCCCGACGAGAUGCUGUCACUCGCGUUGGAACCCUUGGAUACCGGCGAGAGCUAGACCAGAAAUUUGAUGAUCGCGAAGAACGACGAACAAUCGAUAGUAACAUUAAUGAGCCAGAAAGACGAGAAAUAGCUCGUAGGAUUGAUGAUCACGUAAAAUAUGGUGUGGGUACAAAGCAUUUCGAUGAGAGUGAGGAACGACGAGAAAUUGGCAGUAGUGCUAAUGAGUGGGAAAGACGAGAAGGCGAUAUAUCUGCUUCUCAGAGGCAUAAUGAACGCGAAAAUCGUUUCGCCGCUAACAGGCUUUCCGGGGAUCGUGAGGAACGGGAAGUUACAAGGCUUGUUGACAAGCGCGACGCUUCAUCGCGCGUUGCUGACAGCGAAAAAAAUAUUUCAACAAUGCGCACGGACUACCGUUCAGUAGAAAGGACACAAGCACAGCGCUGCAAUGGUCGUGAGGAACAAUCCUUGUUUUUCACACGUUUAGAUGGUGGUGCAGUCAACGUGGCCUUUAGCGGUCGGCAGAUGCAAUCAAAACUCGAUAUAAAUGCCAAAGAGGAUGAUUUGCGAAGAAGCACUGACACUCAUACGAAACGCGGAUAUAUUUUACUUGGACAAGGGGCAAUAUUAGCUUUGGCUUUAUUGAAAUCACUAAAGGGACACGACCUCGAGAUAAAAAAAGGGCAACGGCAAUAUUUUAGCAGUUCAUCAAAUUUAAUUGGUUUUUAAAAAUAUCUGAAUCAGGAAGAAUUUUAAAAUACUUGAAAAUGGAUUAAUGAAUUGUAUGUAUAUAAUAAAGAAGUGUACCUAAAGCAAAUCCUUGGCAAUAUCGCUGUGUUAUGCAAACAAUUAUAUAUUUA